AUGGAAUCGCGAGAUUUGCCCACGGCCCCCUCCCCGUCCGUUGCUGCCGCCGCGGCGGCGGCGGCGGCGGCUGCGGCUGCUGCUUCGGCUCCUCCUCCUCCGCCGGCGGAUGACGAGGGGGGCGUUGUUCUGCCGGUCACCGCCCCGCUGGCCAGGGACGCGCUCUUCCGGUACCAGUCCCGCAAGUACGGCGAGUGCCUCGACUUCCUGCAUCAGCUCUUCCGCAAGAAGGAAGACGAUCCCAAGGUCCUCCACAAUAUUGCGGUCGCUGAAUACUUUCGUGACAGCUGUUCAGAUCCAAGAAGAUUGCUUGAAGUACUUAAUAACGUCAAGAGGCAAAGUGAAGAGCUUGCUCGUGCAUCUUUGGAGCAGGUUGAGGUGAUUGGCAAUGCCGGCAACAAAGCCAUUUUAGGUCCUAAGGGAAGUUCUACCGUGGCACAACAAAUGAAUUCAUUAAAUAAUGCCAAUAUUCUUUACACAGACGAGUUCAACUCUUCUGUGGCAACAUUUAAUAUUGCUGUCGUAUGGUUCCACCUCCAUGAAUAUGGCAAGGCAUUAUCCAUCCUUGAACCAUUGUAUAACAACAUCGAACCAAUAGAUGAGACUGUAGCUCUUCACAUAUGCCUUCUGUUGCUGGAUGUGGCUCUAGCCUGCCAUGAUGCAGCAAGAUCUGCGGAUGUACUUAAUUAUUUAGAGAAAGCUUUUGGUGUUAGUCAAGGCGAGAAUGGGAGUAGCGUGCAGCAGCAAUCUGCUAACUUAGUGGGGAAGUCUUCUUCUGUACCUAACAGUUCGUUGAUUUCAGAUGCUUCUAAUCAAGAGUCUUCUGUUAGUAUAAAUGCUUCGGAAAAGCCUUUGUCCAGAACAUUAUCAGAGGAGACACUAGUCGACUAUGAAACUAUGCUAUCAACUCUGGACAUUGGUGGACAGGAUGCAGUAAGAGCAAUGGGUUUUCCAUCUUCAGUCGAUCUCUCCCGGAGUCCGAUUGAUAAGACCAUCACAGCUGUUGAUUUCAAGCUUAAGUUGCAACUGUAUAAGGUUCGGUUUUUGCUUCUGACUGGAAAUUUGAAGGCAGCAAAGCGUGAAGUCAAGGGUGCUAUGAAUGUUGCACGAGGAAGAGAUUCGUCCAUGGCUCUGCUCCUAAAAUCCCAGCUUGAGUAUGCACGUGGCAAUUACCGCAAAGCUAUUAAGCUUUUGAUGGCUCUUGGGCUUCGGACAGAAGCUGGAAUCUCUAGCAUGUUUCUUAACAAUCUAGGAUGUGUUUAUCACCAACUGGCUAAAUAUCACUCAGCCACCAUAUUUUUUUCGAAGGCACUGUCUAGUAGUUCAUCAAUUCGAAAGGAGAAGCCUUUGAAGCUAUCUAGCAUCUCCCAAGAUAAAUCUCUUUUCAUUGCAUAUAACUGUGGCAUACAUUACUUGGCGUAUGGGAAUCCAAUACUUGCUGCCCGGUGUCUCCAGAAGGCUCUUUUGGUUUUUUACAACCAGCCUCUUUUUUGGUUUCGACUUGCUGAGUGCUGUCUCAUGGCUUUGGAAAAGGGACUAUUCAAGACUGGCGAUGCUCCUGAUGAGACUAUUAAGCUUUAUGUCGUCGGCAAAGGAAAAUGGAGGCAAAUAGCUGUGAAAGAUGUACCAGAAAAUGGGCUAACAGAUCUGAUUGAGAAUGAUUGCUCUCUUGGCAGCGAUGGACAGCUUAAUCUCUCUCUGAAACUUGCUCGCUUGUAUCUUUUGAAUGCAUUGCACAUAUUAAAUGAAAGUGAAUCAAGUCAAGCCCAUUCAAGUUUGCCUCCCGAUGGUUUCUUGGAUGGAACUGAGUUGACAGAAGAAACAAUUUCCUGGAACUCAAACCACAGAACAUUACCUGGUAUAGAUGCCAAACCAUUAAAUGCGGGCUUAGGGCAGCUUAAUGCGAAUGGAGAUGUAAAAGACCAGAAGACAGGAACAAGUCAGGAAGUUACGAGUGGUUCUCUCUCCAUGUAUGAAGAUAAUCGCAGAAGACAAUUGAGUCUAAUGAAGCAAGCCAUUCUUGCUAACCAGGCGUAUGUGGAGUUAGAGUUGGAAAAUCCUAUGGAGGCCCUGUCAUACGCUUUGUCUAUCUUGCAGCUUCCAGAUUGUUCCAGAAUAUACACUUUUCUCGCUCAUAUGUAUGCAGCAGAGGCUCUUUGCUUUCUGAACAGGACCAAGGAUGCUGCAGAACAUUUGUUGGUUUAUAUGUCGGAAGGAAAUCAGAUUGAAUUGCCAUAUGGUGAAGAGGAUUUUGAGCAAUGGCGAACGGAACGAAUCUUUGAUCCUGAAGAGACAAAUGGAGGUACAGUAACUGCUAAUAAUUUUUCUUCAGAGGAGACUCAAGUUCUGAUGUUCCUUAAGCCAGAAGAAGCACGUGCAACCCUUUAUGCGAAUCUUGCGGCCAAGUCAGCCUUGCAAGGUGAACUCGAGACGGCUCAACAAUUAGUCGCACAAGCGUUAGCCAUGCUACCCGCUAGUCGAGAAGCCACUCUAACUGCCGUCUAUGUACAUCUCAUGCUGGGGAAUUCACAGGAAGCUCUUGCCAAGUUGAAACAGUUUAAUCAUGUCAGGUUCUUACCCUUCACCUGUACUUUGGAUAAAUCUUCUUAGUGGCUGAAGUGGUGGUGGCCUUUUAUGUUCUCUGUCCAGUCCAUUGCGCCUUAGUGGGUAGUUAGAAGUAGAUGGAUAAUCCUCAAGAGGAUGUGUAACAUGGUAUAGUUUGUCUUACAGAAUAAAUCUGUUUUGUUUUUAAUUUUUAAAUUUUAGGCUUUAUUGUUCCGUGGUGUGGCUGUGUUUUGGUUAGUCCAGAUGCCCACCCCCUUUUCCCAUAUUUGAGGUGUAGUUCUGAUUCAAUUACUGUUUUAGUAGUUUAGUUGCUAGUGGAGAGAUGGGGAAGUGAAUUUGCUCUUUUACUAUAAAAAGGACAUUGAAAUUUUUUCUUUCUCCUUUUCACCAAUAUCAAUUUUAAGAGGUCUUCUUUCGAUGACUUUUCUUUA